CGUGUCAUCCGAUCCGUAUGAACAGAAACUGUAUCAGAUGUUCCAGAGCUGCGAAACGACGCACUGCGGCCUGCUGGACGAGACCUCGCUGCUGAAGCUCUGCUCGCUGCUGGAGCUACGUGACCAGGGGGCGGCAUUGAUCACCAGCCUGGCACCCGCCAAGUUGGGUGUUUCCUUCGGGCAAUUCAAGGAGGCGCUGCUCCAUUUUCUGGGCGCAGAAUUCGACAGCAGCACAGCGUCGCCGGGAUUUAUGGAGCGUUCUUUGGUCAUUAGCGAUGAGCCACUGGCCAGCACAUAUAUUGAAAGUCCACCGGAAUCCUCGGAUCGCGAGGUCUCGCCCAAGCUGAUUGUGGGCACCAAGAAAUAUGGACGCCGCUCGAGGCCACAUCAGGGUGGUGGAGGACUGUAUGAGCUGUCCGUGACGGACUCGGACAACACGGAUGAGGAUCAGCAACAGAAGCAGCAAAGGAGUCUCAAUGGCUGCGAUGAUCUGAGUGUACAGGUCCAACGUUCAUCCUCACAGAGCGAUCUUCCAGGCAGCCGGCGACUACGUUCCGUCCAUACCAGCGGCAGCAAGCUGAAGCGUUGCGCCUCGCUGCCCGCCCGCAAGAAUCUGCAAUCGCGAAUGGGUGGUGCAGCCACAGGAGCGGGUGUGACAUCGCCCACGGCGGCCAGCAAGCUGAAACAGUUGGCCAAACAGAAUCAGCACCAACAGCAAAAUAGCAGCAGCGUCGAAUCUCUGGACAUCGUGACGCCGCAGCAGCUGGAGAUGAUUAGUGCGGAGAGCAUUAUCGAUGCCUGGGAUCAGGCCAACAUCGUCAACAGUGGCGCCCUGCUGCAUGCCCUGGGCUUUGAUGAGGAGGAGGUGAACCUGAUGCAGCUGACCAAAGUGCUGGAGGAAGAGUCACGCAGUCCGCUGGAGCAGGAUCCGCACACGAAUACGCUGCGUGCCUUGGUGGCCCUGCAGUCGUCCGAGUUGGCCAACUAUCGUCGCGCCUAUCGGCAGCAGCACGAGGAGAAUCUGAAGCUGCGCUCCGACAAUAAGGCGGCCAACCAGCGAGUGGCUUUGCUCGCUGCCGAGGUGGACGAACGGCAUGCCACGCUCGAGGAUAACUCCAAGCAGCAGGUGCAACAGCUGGAGCAGCGGCAUGCCAGCAUGGUGCGGGAACUGACGCUGCGUAUGAGCAACGAUCGCGACCAUUGGACGGCCAUGACGGGAAAGCUGGAGGCGCAGCUAAAGAGCCUCGAACAGGAGGAGAUUAAGCUGAAGACGGAGCUGGAACUGGUGCGCAACGAGAACACCGAACUCGAGGCCGAUCAGCAGAGGGCGCAUCUGCAAAUGACUGAUCUGCUCGAGCAGAACAUCAAGCUGAAUAACGAGCUGUCCGGCCGUCAUCAGCAUGGCAGCAGCAGCAGUCCCGCGCACAGUCCCCAUAGUGCACGGCGCGACAGCGUCGACAAGUCAGCGGCGGAGGAAGAAGAGAUGCUGCAGCUGAUGGAGAAAUUGGCGGCCCUGCAAAUGGAGAACGCCCAGCUGCGCGAUAAGACUGACGAGCUGACCAUCGAAAUUGAGAGCCUGAGCCUGGAAUUGACGCGCACCAAGACCAGAAAUAAGAAGCAGGAACAAGACUCAGCAGAGGCAGCAGCAGCGGCAGCGGCCAGUGGUGUGGCGGCCACAAAGCGACGCGGCGACUCACCCAGCAAGACGCACAUCACCGAGGAGAGUCCGCGUUUGGGCAAGCAGCGCAAGUGCACCGAUGGCUCCGGUGGCGGUGGCGAGUUGAGCGAUAAUAGCAGCAGCAACAGCGGCGACUGGCUGGCCCUCAACUCGGAGCUGCAGCGUAGCAAGAGCCACGAUGAGGAGCUGAGCAGCCUGAAGCAGCGCAUUGCACAGUUGGAGGAGCAAUUGCAGGCGGCGGGCACCGGCACAGGCACAGCCACGGUAGCCACCCCAGAGAGCCGCUGCAAGGAGCUGGAGGGCAGUCUGGAGCAGAUGCAGCGCGCCUAUGAGGAUUGCGAGGAUUACUGGCAAUCGAAGCUGGGCGAGGAGCGUCAAAUGUUCGAGAAGGAGCGCCAGAUCUACGAGGAUGAGCAGCAGGAGAGCGACAAAAAGUUCACCGAACUGAUGGAGAAGGUGCGCGAAUACGAGGAGCAGUUCAGCAAGGAUGGCCGCCUUUCGCCCAUCGAUGAGCGCGACAUGCUCGAGCAGCAGUACAUCGAACUGGAGGCGGAGGCCGCCCAGCUGCGUUCGAGCACCGUGCGCAUGCUGGAGGAGAAGUCCGAGGAGAUUGGUUCGCUGCAAUGCGAGAUUGAGGAUCUGCGGCAGCGCCUUGGCGAGAGUGUGGAGAUCCUAACCGGUGCCUGUGAACUAAAUUCGGAGUCGAUUGCCCAGCUGAGCGCCGAUGCGGGCAAGAGUCCGGCCAGUUCACCCAUCAGCUAUCUCUGGCUGCAGAGCACCAUCCAGGAGCCGGCCAAGACGUUUGGCCAAGCCGCCGGGCCAGCAGAUGAGGCCAGUGGUGGUGGCAGUGCUCUCGAUAUGCUGGGUGCUGGUGGUGGCUCACCAUCGCACAAGGCGACCAGUCGGUGA